AUGGAGAAACACUCCAUGCGUCACCUCCUGUGGGCUGUGCUGUUCCUGUUGUACUGCAGCUGCGGGUGUUUGGCUGCUGUUGUGCAGCAGUUACCACAGAAAGGAGAAAGUGGUCUGCAGGCGUACACCGUCUCUACUGAUACUAAUGUGAGAACGGAGAACUGGCAGCCCAUUCGCAUUGGCGUCUAUACAAAAUAUGUGGAGGAUGCUGUGAAGUACUGUGAAGAAAACAAAGACCUGGAUUUCGAACAUGGAGUUGACUUUGAUGAUGUCUGCGAUAAAGGUGGUCAAAUGAUGACAACGGACAAGAAAGAUACUCUUUUGAACAAAGUCUUGCCUAAAGCAAUUAAAUUGCACACAGAUCGCCUUAAAGUAGAACGGGUUGAGGGGAGCCCAAAGAAGCCAAACGUUGAUGUAGAAAACAUUCCACAGAAGUGCAAAUACUUUAAGGAGGACUCGGUUAAUCUUCAGGAGAGUCCUGAUGUCGAUUUUAUGAUUUUUGUGCAUCUCUCAGCCUUCACGGAAAAAGUUGAGAUUUGCACUCAGGAUGGCCAAAAACGACCAACGUCUGCCGUCAUCAGCUUUAUCCCAGAGGAGAUAGAAGCAACACGGAAGUAUAUUCGCUUGACUGCACAUGAGAUUGCGCAUGGACUUGGAUUUCAACAUAAGGUUAUGGAAGAUCAGAAAAUGGUCAAAACACGCGACAGUGGUCUGCUACGUGAGUCAAGACGAAGCGGUGGAAGACAGUUCUAUAUGGUCAUUUCUAAAAAAACUGUCGAAAUGAUGGAGAAACAUUACAAAUGUGAGGAUAGUGAAAAGAAUAAAGUAAAUGGUUUGUAUUUGGAACAAAAAGGGAACGAAGAAACACGCUUGCACUGGGAGAGACUAAUUGCGAAGGAUGAGUUGAUGAGUCCGUACACUGGUGAACCUACUGGCAUGUACUACACUGUACUCACACUUGCAGUAUUUGCAGAUAUGAAAUUCUACGAAGUUAAUUUCUCCAUGGCAGAACCGAUGAGUUGGGGGAAUCAAUCUGGAUGUGAGUUUCUUCAAGGUGAAAAGGUUACAACAAAGACUGACUACCCCAACGUGUUUUGCAAGAAAGAAGAGAAGACGGAGACGAAGAUCCUGCAGUGUACCUCUGACCGUUUUGCCCUUGGAAUGUGCUCAACGAAGAAAAGCCGUGAAGGGUUACCUGAUGGAUACCGUUAUUUCGACGAUGAAAACUAUCAUUUUGAAAGUAAUUUGAUGGAUGGUGUUCCAUUCAUCAGACCCUUGAUGGGUACUGCUUGUGAGGGUGGGAAUCCGAGUUUGAUGCCUGGCAGCGUUCUGGGACCGGAUUCACGCUGCCUAACGGCAGAUGGUCUCGUUCUACGUGAUUCAAAGAGCACCGCCCUCACCAUUGCUGGCGUUUGUGCAAAGGUGAAGUGUGAGGAUGACAAGAAGGUGAGUGUACAGCUUAAACAGGACGGCGGUAAUAACUGGCAUGACUGCAGCCAGGCAGGCAAAUCUAUAAAUCUUGUUAAUCUGGACAGUUCAACGUUCAGCAGUGGAAGUAUUAAGUGUCCCAAAUACGAAGAAGUGUGCACAGGGUUGCCGAAAACUGAAUCCACCAAAAUUAAGUUUUACAAUGGCACAGGAGGUACUGCCAUGUAUGAGGUUGAUGCCAACGAUGAUGAACAAUCAAAAAAAGGAGAAAAAGCAACGGAGGGUCACAACCGUGUCCAGAAUUCUGACUCAUCUUCAGAUGCUGUCAAAAAAGAUGGAGGUGGCGUACCCGCCGUGGUAUUACCAACGCCGAACACCGUGGGACAGCAAGAAGCAAAGAACCAGGUUGUAUCCAAGGCAACUUCCCAGAAGAACCGUGAGAGUGGAAAAGACCAGAGCAACGAUCUCCCUUCUGUUGGUCCCGCAGGUAGCGGAAUUGAUAGCGCGGGCAGUGCUAACAACAACGCUGUUGGUUCUAACCGUGGUAACGCCAGCAGUGGACAGCAGAGAAUGGGCAAAAUAAAAGAGAGUGAGUCUACUGUUAUUGAUGCUGAGGUUCAGCCUGGCCUAGGCUCAUCUUCUUCUCUCCCUGCUGCUGAUGCUCCAUCCACAUCUAAUCCCAACGGCAAUGACAACACAGUGCAGUCCACCAACACUAUUAAUGCUGCAGAUGGCCGCUCCUCUGGUACAGGAAACAACGGUGCUUUGAAUGGUACAAAGUUAACUGAGGACAAAAUGAAAAAAGAAACACCAAAUCAUACGAAUAUAAUGGGUAUGUUGGGUCCUGACAGCAGCAUCAUGGUCUCCUACAUGGCCCCUCUUGCACUUCUUGUGUGUGUUGUUGGUUUUGUGAUGGUUCCAUGA